GCCUGCCACAUUGACAAAACACAGAGGAAACGAUGUCCCUUCUGCCGAUUCCAAAAAUGUCUUGAUGUGGGCAUGAAGCUCGAAGCUGUUCGUGCGGAUCGUAUGCGCGGCGGGCGCAACAAGUUUGGUCCGAUGUACAAGCGUGAUCGGCCCUCCAACAACAGACGUGGUCGGUCAGCUGUGCUGCUUAAGCAAUGCGGUUGUCAUUUGUUGCAGGUCGAUGACCAGAUGAAGCUGCUGCAAGACUCAUGGUCCGACAUGUUGGUCCUAGACCACCUCCACCAGCGGAUGCAUAACGGUCUGCCUGAUGAGACCACGCUCCACAACGGACAGAAGUUCGAUCUUCUAUGCCUGGGUCUGCUAGGAGUGCCAGCACUGGCUGAUCACUUCAAUGACCUUCAAAACAAAUUAGCCGAGCUCAAAUUCGACAUACCGGAUUACAUUUGCGUCAAAUUCCUGCUCUUGUUGAAUCCUGAGGUGAGGGGCAUCGUGAACGUGAAGUGCGUGCGCGACGGCUAUCAGACAGUGCAGGCAGCGCUUCUUGAUUACACGCUCACCUGUUACCCUUCGAUACAGGACAAAUUUAGUAAAUUGGUGACCCUGGUCCCGGAGAUCCACGCCCUAGCAGCCCGAGGAGAGGAGCAUCUGUACCAGAGACAUUGCGCCGGACAGGCGCCCACACAAACACUUCUCAUGGAAAUGCUACACGCCAAGCGCAAGCCGAACGGAGGCGAAAUGGUUACCCGGAACGCUGAGCACGCCUCGACUCUAGACAGAUUGUGCGGAUUCCUGCCCAGUGACACGAUUGAGCCGCAUUCGCCAAUAUAGAAUCUUGAAUUGGCAGCGGGGUGUGGGGAGAGUGAAGUUGCGCCAAGCGCUCCCGACAACUUCAUCAAUGAUGUUCUACAAAAUUACUUAUCACUUAGUUUUAGUUUUUAACUUGGUGUGUGAUUAAUUAUAAUAAGUUAUUGCACCGAGCGCCGGCCGCCGCGCCGCGCGUGCCUAGUCCCAAUACAGAUAAAACAAAUAUUUAUCUACCUAAUCUCUGUUACAUAAAACUAUACAGGAUGUAUCGUAUACCAGUCUCGUGUCGUAGCUACGAUUUUAUUUAUUGAUCAGCAUGUAUUUGUGUUACUUUCAAAAUUGUUGUUAAGUGUAAAUCAUUAAAUAUAGUAGUGGUUAUAUCUAUCUUAACAUCGGUGCGGAAGGGAAAAUAUAACAGUACAUUAAGGAAAGCGUCUGUGAUUAUAAAUGAUGAAAAUUGGAUACCGUUGUAAUGAUAGUUGAUGUUGUAUUGUGUAAAUGUUAGUUUGUAAGCGGUUGGCGGUCGCUCGCCGCCGCACAUUUCGUGUUACUUAUUAACUUUAUCUUCUCGUUUAAGCCUUCGAUAAACACCUUGCAAAGGAUCCCCCUCCCCCUCCCCCGUCCCCCACUCCCCCUCCCCGCGUACCUGUUUAACACAACGAGUGGAGUAGUUGGGCAUUUUCAAAUUUUAUUAUCAAAAUUAUAUCGUCUACAUAUUUUCAUAUAUCACUACUUUUAAGAUUAUUAAUUAA